GUUGAAAACUAGAUUAAGGUUUUAUAAAUAAUACCACAUAAACAUGUUGAAAAGUCGAAGGCAGUUGUGUCGCGCGUUCGCAUAACAGUUUGUGUUUUCAAAAUAGUUUGUUUGAUGACAAGUGAAUGAUUUAACUUAUAAUAACUCGAAUAAUAAUAGAUUGAGCGAAAUGGCUGGAAACCAACAUGUACAAGAUGUUAUAGAUCAGCAAAAUUUGCAAAUUAAGUUGAUUGAAAAAAACUGCAUAAACCAAUAUGGGCAAAAUCUGAAGAGUAACACACCAAUUUUCAAUAAAACUUUAAACAGUAUAAUGUGCCCCCCAUUCUUUGAUAAUAUAUAUUGCUGGCCACCUCAGUUGCCAAAUACUACUACUUAUAUUCCAUGCCCUUCAUAUGUUGUUGGAUUCAAACAGGAUCACGAAGCUAAGAGAGAAUGUAUGGAGAAUGGAAAAUGGUUUACCCUAAAUGGUUCUACUUUUACAAAUUACUUAAAUUGUGCCGAAGUUGGUACUACCACAAUUUAUCUAAAUACAAGUAUUGAUAAAAAUGAAACAGAAAUCUCACAAACUUCCCUGAAUAUAAUCAAAAUUUUGAGUGAAACAGGGUACGCUAUAUCAUUAGUAUCUUUAAUAAUUGCUUUCACCAUAAUGUUUAAAAUAAAACGAUUGCAUUGUGCAAGAAACAUACUUCAUAUGAACUUAUUUGCGUCUUUCAUAUUAAGGUCUUUUAUGCAUAUUUUGAAAGAUGCGCUUUUCGAAGACGGUCUAGGACUAGAAAAAGAUAUAUUAACAAAUGAUGAUGGUGGCAGAUAUUUUCAUGUAGAUUUUAAGGUCAACAAUUUUGAAUGCAAAUUGAUUAUAAGUUUGGUUCAAUAUUUUACUACUGCCAAUUACAGCUGGAUUCUGAUGGAAGGACUAUAUUUGAUCAAUUUAAUUUUAAGGGCUCUCUUCACAGACUCCAAUAAGAAUUUAGCUUAUUAUAUAUCAUUUGGAUGGGGUUUGCCAUUAUUGGUGGUAAUUCCUUGGGUUAUUACAAGAAUUAUGGAAGAAGAUACUUACUGCUGGACGACAAAUAAAAAUCCUAAAGUAUUUUCCAUUAUAUUUGUGCCCACACUAGCCUCAGUUUUGUUGAACUUCAUUCUCUUUAUAAUAAUAUCCAACGUACUCUACAAGAAACUUAAGUCACCAGUGAAUGAAGAGUCCAAAAGAUAUCUGAAAUGGGCUAAAUCUACAUUGGUCUUAAUGCCUUUAUUUGGAGUUAACUAUACAGUUUUCCUUAUAUUUUAUUUGAUAGACGAAAAGUUAAUUUGGAUGAUAUGCGAUAGUUUAUUCGGAAGUUUUCAAGGAUUCUUCGUCGCAAUUCUUUACUGUUUUUCAAAUGGGGAAGUUAAAGCUGAAAUUAAACCGCAUAUAAAAAAUUUACUAAUAUUUCUGGCAACAAACAAUUUUACAAAAUACUGUUUCCCAGGACGAGAGAAGUAUUUAAGCUCAGCAGUGGGCAGACAGUCGGUGUGCACGACGAUGUCUUGUAGCUCCCUCUACAACAACGGAGUUAGCAGGCGCAACAGCAAAACAAAAUGCGAUCAGCUUUCCAAAUUUAAACUGACCAAUCUGCAUUCGGAAAGCUGCAAAGACACUUUAAAGAAUGGCAAAGGAAGACAUUCGGUGCCAAAAACUGGACACAACGGACACUAUACUUACAAUGUGACUCUGGCUAAUGGAAAGUACCCCAUUAGUAUAACUACAAAUCUUGAUGUUUCAAUAACCAACGAAAUAAAACCAAACCCCAUUUCGGAAAAUCUUCCCAAGUGCGAAGAAGAGGUCCGCAUGCUUCAAGAUCACAACAAGAUAGAACGUUGUUGCUGUGAAAAGUAACAUGUUCAAAAGAACAUAAAAUGGUGUGUCCAAAGGAAUGAUAAAACUUAUUAAGAAAAUGAUAAUUAUUUCAUUUUCUCAGUAUGUCAAUAUGUUACUCAAUCUUGAAAAGGAAAAACAGAUAUUUUUCAUAGCACGUCUAUUGAUUGUAUUACAUGUAUUUCUAAACACCGAAGAUUCGGAAUCUACCCUUGCUUUUGAAAUUCAUAUAAUCGAACAAAUAAUAUGUGUCACAUUUCCGAAUCGAAAAAAUAUCAAUUGCUAUUUAUUAAAGGCUACAGGGUGUUCAAAGAUACGUGUAUAUCAGAUUUCAUUUUCUCAGUGUGUCAAAUAUAUGUUACUCAAAUCUUGAAAAGGAAAACAGAUAUUUUUCAUAGCACGUCUAUUGAUUGUAUUACAUGUAUUUUUCUAAACACUGAAGGUUAGUAAUCUACCCUUGUUUUUGAAAUUCAUAUAAUCGAAAAAAUAUAUAUGUCACAUUUCCGAAUCGAAAAAAAUAUCAAUUGCUAUUUAUUAAAGGCUACAGGGUGUUCAAAGAUUGAAUGAAGAAUGAAUCAGAAAAGAAAGUAUUGAAUUAUUUUUUUCGAGUUCCUUUAUAUUUUUAUAUCAUAAAUGAAUACUCUAGGGCAGAAAUAUAAAAAUGAUCUUGUGAUACAUAGAAAGUUCUAUAAAAUUCCUAUAAAAAGAUGUCCAUGAACAAAUCAAAUGUUUAGUAUAUAAGUCUGUAUGUACAAAUAUAUUUCUAAUUGUGUUUUCACCAAAUGUAUUAGGGUUUAAGGUAUAAAGUAAUCACCAUGUGAUAGUUAUAAUAGCUAAGAAAGUCGUUAAUUAUAAAAGUAAUUGAUAGAUGUAUUUUCUCUAUCUCAUUCAUUGUCUCUCUCUAAAAUAUAUGUAAAAUAAACAAAGCAAAUAGGUACUCUAAUAUAGUAUUUUUCUUCCCAAUUCUCUUAUAUGUUUUUAAAUAAAAAAUAUCAGUCAUAAAA